GGUCAGUGAGACUCCAGGGUGGUAAGAAUGAGUUUGAAGGUACAGUGGAGGUUUAUCUGAAUGGAAUCUGGGGAACAAUCUGUGGUAGCCAUUGGGACAAUAAUGAUGCAACAGUCGUAUGUAGACAGCUUGCACUGGGUGAGAAAGGUACAGCAAAACACAUACCAUUUUCUGGACUGGGCCUUAUUCCUGUGUACUGGAGUGAAGUGCGUUGUCGUGGCGAUGAAGAAAAUUUACUGUUAUGUGAAAAAGUCAUCUGUCAGGAUGGAACAUGUCCUCAAAAAAUGGCAGCUGCUGUCACAUGUAGCUCCUCCCUGGCCCCUGUCUUUACUCCGAUCCGGCUGGCUGGUGGGAACAACGCUCACGAAGGAAGAGUAGAAGUCUACCAUGCUGGCCAGUGGGGGACUGUCUGUGAUGAUCAGUGGGAUGAUGCAGAUGCUGAAGUUGUCUGUCGGCAGCUUGGCCUUGGGGGUGUUGCCAAGGCAUGGAGCCAGGCUUACUUUGGAGAAGGGUCAGGUCCCGUGCUGCUGGAUGAAGUGCAGUGUACAGGAAAUGAACUAUCGAUAGAACAGUGUGCAAAAAGCUCCUGGCGAGAACACAACUGCGGCCACAAAGAAGAUGCUGGCGUUUCCUGCACACCUCUCACAGAUGGUGCAUUAAGACUAACAAGUGGGAAAGGCAGUCAUGAGGGUCGCCUGGAGGUCUAUUAUACUGGGCAGUGGGGCACAAUCUGCGAUGAUGGGUGGACAGAGCUGAAUACACAGGUGGUUUGCCGGCAGCUGGGAUUUAAGUAUGGAAAAAGCGUACCUGAGAGCUACUCAGAAGGAAGCUCUGGGCCCAUCUGGUUGGAUGAUGUCAGCUGCUCAGGGAAGGAGGCAAACCUUCUGCAAUGCUCAAGGAGAGAGUGGGGAAAGCAUGACUGCAACCAUCAGGAGGAUGUCAGGCUCAUUUGCCAUCCAGAUAACGACAGCCAUAAACUCUUACUCGGUCCUCCCAUCAGGCUGAUGGAUGGUGAGAAUAAGAAGGAAGGACGUGUAGAGAUUUUUAUCAAUGGCCAGUGGGGCACAAUCUGUGAUGAUGGAUGGUCUGAUAAGGAUGCAGCUGUAGUCUGUCGACAGCUUGGCUACAAAGGUCCAGCUAGAGCAAGAACAAUGGCAUAUUUUGGGGAGGGGAAAGGCCCAAUCCACGUGGAUAAUGUGAAAUGUACAGGAAAUGAGAGAUCCCUGGCAGACUGCAUUAAGCAGGACAUUGGGACGCACAACUGCCGUCACAGCGAGGACGCAGGGGUGAUCUGUGACCACCCAAGCAAGAAGGCCCCCGGGAACAGCAAUAAAGAUUCUCUUGCUUCUGUUUGUGGAUUGAGGUUGUUACAUCGUCGACAAAAGCGAAUAAUUGGUGGGAAAAAUUCUUUACGGGGCGGCUGGCCAUGGCAGGUUGCACUCCGACUGAAAUCUUCUCAUGGUGAUGGACGACUCUUGUGUGGUGCAACUCUCAUCAGCAGCUGCUGGGUCCUCACUGCUGCACAUUGCUUUAAAAGGCAUGGCAACAACACUCGGAACUAUGCUGUGCGAGUUGGAGACUAUCAUACACUGGUACCAGAAGAGUAUGAGGAAGAAAUUGGAGUCCGACAGAUUGUGAUGCAUAAAGAGUACAGGCCUGACAGCAGCGACUAUGACAUUGCAUUGGUGAGGCUACAGGGGCCAGAGGAACAGUGUGCCAGAUUCAGUACCCACGUCUUACCUGCUUGUUUGCCGUUAAGGAGAGAGAGACCACAGAAAACUGCUCCCAACUGUUAUAUCACUGGAUGGGGUGACACAGGAAGGGCUUAUUCAAGAACAUUACAACAGGCUGCCAUCCCCUUACUUCCCAAGAGGGUAUGUGAAGAGCGUUACAAAAGAAGAUUCACAACAAGAAUGCUCUGUGCUGGUAACGUACAGGAACAGAAACGUGUUGAUAGCUGUCAAGGAGACAGCGGUGGACCACUGAUGUGUGAACGUCCAGGGGAAAGCUGGGUUGUGUAUGGUGUGACCUCCUGGGGCUACGGCUGUGGAGUGAAAGAUUCUCCAGGUGUCUACACAAAAGUAUCAUCUUUUGUACCCUGGAUAAAAAGUGUGACCAAACUAUGA